CUAAGUAACUUAGACAAGUUCACAGACGUAGUAGGUGUGAGGGAUGGGGCGAAAUCCCAGGUCUGGCACAGAAUAAUAGGAGCCCAAUUCCAGGCGUCUUUAUUUUUGUCAUGAUUACGCAAAGCCUUGCACAGGAGGGUGUAUGGCAGGAAGCAGGUGCUCAGUGAAUGUGGGGUAGCUGUUAGGAUGGUUGCUGUUAUUCCAUCACAGAAUCAGAACCGAGACCCCCGGGAAUGGAAAGCUCAUUUCUUGGAGGCUGUGGAUGAUGCUUUCAAGACGAUGGAUGUGGAUAUGGCUGAGGAACAUGCCAGGGCCCAGAUGAGGGCCCAGAUGAACAUCGGGGAUGAAGCUCUGAUUGGACGGUGGAGCUGGGACGACAUACAGGUGGAGCUCCUGACCUGGGAUGAGGACGGAGAUUUUGGUGACGCCUGGGCCAGGAUCCCCUUUGCUUUCUGGGCCAGAUACCAUCAGUACAUUCUAAAUAGCAGCCGUGCCAACAGGAGAGCCACUUGGAGAGCUGGCGUCAGCAGUGGCACCAGUGGUGGGGCCAGCACCAGCAUCCUAGAUGGCCCUAGCACCAGCUCCACCAUCCGGACCAGAAAUGCCGCCAGAACGAGUGCUAACUUCUUCUCCUGGAUCCAGCAACGCUGAUGAGCUGCAGCCGUCACUCACCGAGCCAGAGUGCCUCCUCAGAUCCCUCCUUAAUGUAGCACUCUAGGCAGCUUCUACCUGCCCAUGGAAGAUGGCAUGCCAGAUGAAGCUCUCUUUGCUCUUCCUGCUUUCAUUGUGUACUUUUGUCGUGCUUUCAUGUUUUGGUAUCAGUGUUACAUUAAAGUUGCAAAAU